UUGUCUCUUUCCUUUUGUUGUGUCCGUCUGACUCUCUCCCUCUUUCUCUCUCGUCUGCGUGUUGGGCGAUUGGGUCUCUCAGAUCUCUCUUAUUUUUCACUUCCUCUCGAACACCAUCGAAGACGAGAGAUGAUUAUCAAUCCAACAUCUUAAGAUAUAUGCCAUGGUUUCCUUUGGUUUUUGAUUGGUUCAAGUGGGUGCUGAUGACUGUAUCCUCAUCCUACAUGAGUUCAACCAUUUCAACAUCUCGAGGAACCCUUCAACAAACAAUGCUUAGCCCCUGUGAAUCCCCCAAUCAUGGCCCUUCUGCUUCUUUUCGCCCGCCUCACCCAGACUUUAAUGAUGUUGAUGAAAUAGACUUAAUAUCUGUCUCCUGGAAUCAGGACUAUGGUUGCUUUGCUGCUGGAACAAGUUCUGGCUUUCGUAUUUUUAACUGUGAGCCUUUUAAGGAAACAUUUCGACGUGAUUUGAAAAGUGGGGGAUUUAAAAUUGUUGAGAUGCUGUUUCGCUGCAAUAUUCUGGCACUUGUUGGUGCUGGGGGUAAUUCCCACUAUCCGCCCAAUAAAGUUAUCAUUUGGGAUGAUCAUCAGAGCAGGUGCAUUGGUGAAUUUGCAUUUAGAUCUGAUGUACGUGCAGUGAAAUUGAGACGGGAUCGCAUCAUCGUUGUUCUUGAGCAUAAGAUAUAUGUUUACAGUUUUAUAGAUCUGAAGCUUAUUCAUCAGAUUGAGACUCUUGCAAAUCCAAGGGGACUUUGUUCCCUUUCUCACCAUUCAAGUACAUCUGUGUUAGCAUGCCCAGGUCUCCAACGAGGGCAGGUUCGAGUUGAGCACUUUGGGCUCAAUAUGAUAAAGUUAAUUAAUGCUCAUGAUUCAAAUAUUGCGUGCAUCACCUUGACAGUGGAUGGCCUGCUUCUUGCAACUGCUAGUAUAAGAGGCACUUUGAUAAGAAUUUUCAACACAGUGGAUGGUACUCGCUUGCAAGAGGUUCGAAGAGGUGUGGACAGAGCGGAGAUUUACAAUAUUACGCUUUCUCCUAAUGUCCAAUGGUUAGCCGUGUCAAGUGACAAAGGUACUGUUCAUAUAUUCAGUCUCAGAGUUCGAGUGGUUGGGGAGGACUCAUCCUCUCAUCUUACUCCUGGUCAGAGUCCAGCACUUUUUAACCAAACUUCUUCAACACCAAUCGAUGCCCUUAUAUCUCCAAGCUCUGGUGCCAACCCUAGUUCAUCAUUGUCAUUUAUGAGAGGAGUCUUACCAAAAUAUUUUAGCUCAGAGUGGUCAUUUGCUCAGUUCCACUUACCAGAAGACACCCAAUUCAUUGCAGCAUUUGGAUCUCAAAAUACUGUGAUUAUUGUUGGCAUGGAUGGAAGUUUCUAUAGGUGCAGUUUUGAUCCGGUGAACGGUGGGCAGAUGCUGCAACAGGAAUAUGUGCACUUUCUGAAAACAGACAGCCGGCCUAGAUAGGGUCCAGAGUAUAUCUCCUCACCGUGUGUAAAUAUGGAACCAGAAUUUCCUGGCAGUGGUAUAUAACUACAUAUAAUACAAAUUAAAAUCUUGCAUAAAAUUGCUUCUUACUGUAUAUCCCAUUAGAAAUUGAGAUGCCAACUACAUAUGAAUGAUAAUAAAUUGCUUCUGGUGGAAAA